CUUUAGAAGCAAAUAUUUGUCAGAAAAGAGAUUUGCAAACACGUUUGCCAUUCGUUUUGUGCUAGGGUUGUUCAUGGCCUGACAUCUUAAUGGACUAGUUCAAGAUAUUCACAAUGUUUAUUUUCUCACGAAGGAAGUGGUGUACAUUUAAAAGGAUUAUCUUAUUUUUGGUGAUUCUAUGUAAUUUUCGACUUAUUAUUUGGUUGAGUUCAAAUGAAACUAUUCUUAGGAAUGGACAGCUAAAAGCCCUUUUUUCAAGUGGAAGGAACUUUCUCGACAAUAAUGUCCACAUGCCUACCGCACAACCGAAUUGUAGUGUUCAGAAUUCAAGUGACGAAGACGAAGAAAGUUGUUUUUUAAAAAACAAACUACUGUGUGAAUUCAUGCCAACGAUACACUCCGUAUUUGCCGACUAUAGAGAAAAUCGAGUAGUGUUUAUAGGAAUUACAUAUUUUGGAAACAACUGGAGUACGAAAUCAUUUUUAUGUGAAUUUCCAAAUGGGAACAGAACGGUAACUGAUGCAAUUUUAAACGAUGGUCGAAGUUUUGGAGCAACUCCUCAAUAUGUUUUGGUAAUCACAUGUCCAUUUCCAGACGAGUUUUUGAAUUCAUCAUUUUUUUCUCAACAGAGAUUUUAUAUUAAUUUACGAAGGAAGGAAUUGCCGUCAGUCGCCUAUGUUAAAAUUCCAAUAUGUGCUUCCCAUAAAACAUUAAACGAGAAGAAAAAGCACUCGUUAAUCAUUUGUACAAUGGCAAAGGAUAUGGAUCAUUUCUUUCCAACGUGGUUGGAUUUUCACCUUCAUAUAGGAGUUGACCAUGUUUAUAUAUACGACAAUUCUAAAAGAGGGAGUUUAUCUAACGCAUUAAGUAGGUAUUUAGCCAAUGGGUUCGUGUCGGUCAUUCCCUGGGCGCAUGAACACACACCAUGGAAAACCUAUUUAGAAGUCCAGAUAGCCCAUGAGAAUGAUUGUGUGUGGAGGAAUAAACACACAUCAGAGUGGAUAAUUAAAAUUGACGUAGAUGAAUUUCUACAACCUAUGAAUCCAGAUAAGCCAUAUAUAACCGACUACAUUAACAAUUAUACAUUAACAAAUAUCGGGUGUCUUAAAGUACAAAGCUGGUUUUUCGGAUCAAACGUCCAGAAUUGGAAUUCAAUGACAGUAAUAGAAAACAACCGAUGGCGAGUGAAAGCACCGACAGCCGUUAAUAAAGGGCGUGACAAGUGUAUUAUUAAGCCUAAAAAUGUUCAUUAUUUCAAAAUACAUCAUAUCAAAUUGGGUGGUGACACCCUAACACUUGACCCAUACAAUGAGCUCCGCCUCGCUCACUACAGGUCGUCCAAUCCGAUACAUAGGCGCUUCCAUUUAAAUUACAGUGUUAAAGAUUUAAGUGUGCUAAGGAUAUGGAAACAAAUUAAUGACUGCAAAAGACAUGAUAUAGAAUGUAUGAAUUUAGAUCGUAAAUGGAGUAGUAAAAUUGCUGAAAAUUAAAAAAAAUCGUCCAUAAGAAAA